AUGUUGGGGAGACACCCAGAACCCAAGCGCCUGAGACAGGACCCCAGCGGCUCCACCAUGGACUUGGUGCCAAGCUGCGUUUUCCUCCUGAUCAUUUCUCAAGGUGUCCAGUGUGAGGAACAGCUGGUGGCCUCAGGGGGAGGCUUGGUGCAGCCUGGGGGGUCUCUGAGCCUCUCUUGUUCAGCCUCUGGAUUCACCUUCAGUAGCUAUGAAAUGACCUGGGUCCGCCAGCCUCCAGGGAAGGGGCUGGAGUGGGUUGCACUCAUUAGUACUGGUGGUAGCACAUACUACGCCGACUCUGUGAAGGGCCGCUUCACCAUCUCCAGAGACAACGCCAAGAACGCGCUGUAUCUGCAAAUGAGCAGCCUGAGAGCCGAUGACACGGCUGUGUAUUACUGUGCCAGACACACAGUGAGGGCUGGUACUGGUGGUAGCACAUACUACGCCGACUCUGUGAAGGGCCGCUUCACCAUCUCCAGAGACAACGCCAAGAACGCGCUGUAUCUGCAAAUGAGCAGCCUGAGAGCCGAUGACACGGCCGUGUAUUACUCCUCUGGAUUCACCUUCAGUAGCUAUGAAAUGACCUGGGUCCGCCAGCCUCCAGGGAAGGGGCUGGAGUGGGUCGCACGCAUUAGUAGUGGUGGUGGUAGCACAUACUACUCCGACUCUGUGAAGGGCCGCUUCACCAUCUCCAGAGACAACGCCAAGAACGCGCUGUAUCUGCAAAUGAGCAGCCUGAGAGCCGAUGACACGGCUGUGUAUUACUGUGCCAGACACACA